CAUCAUUCUCCUCUUUCCUUUUCUAUUUUUUUCCCUUCUAUUCUCUCUUUUCUCCACCAUCUUUCCUUAUUUUUCAACUCAUUCUUUUUUAUUAAAUCUCCACAACUUCAAUUUCACUUUCAAUCUGUGUGCGUCGUUUGAUCUGUUCAAUCACUUCCAGGUUCAGGUGGUAGUUUCACAGUCCCGAUAAUUUCAAAUUUCCAAAAAGAGAUUAAAAGAACAGUUAUGGCUGUUUCCAUGAGAGAUUUGGAUUCAGCCUUUCAAGGAGCUGGGCAGAAGGCCGGGCUAGAGAUUUGGCGCAUUGAGAAUUUUCGCCCGGUACCAGUGUCGAAAACUUUACAUGGAAAGUUUUUUACUGGGGAUUCAUACGUGAUUUUGAAGACAACUGCCUUAAAAAGUGGCGCCCUACGUAAUGAUAUUCAUUAUUGGAUAGGUAAAGAUUGUAGUCAAGAUGAAGCUGGAACAGCAGCAAUAAAGACUGUUGAACUGGAUGCAGUUCUUGGAGGGCGUGCUGUUCAAUAUCGGGAAGUGCAAGGCCAUGAAACUGAGAAAUUUCUUUCUUAUUUUAAACCAUGUAUCAUACCUCAAGAAGGCGGAGUUGCAUCUGGAUUUAAACAUGCUGAAGCUGAAGAAUAUAAGACUCGUUUAUAUGUGUGCAGAGGCAAGCAUGUUGUUCAAGUGAAAGAGGUUGCCUUUGCUCGAUCCUCUCUCAAUCAUGACGACAUAUUUAUACUUGAUACGGCGUCUAAGAUUUUUCAGUUUAAUGGUUCCAACUCAUCUAUACAAGAGAGAGCUAAAGCAUUGGAAGUAGUUCAGUACAUUAAAGAUACGUAUCAUGAUGGAAAAUGUGAGAUAGCUGCCAUUGAGGAUGGGAGACUAAUGGCUGAUGCUGAUACUGGAGAAUUCUGGGGUUUAUUUGGUGGAUUUGCUCCAUUGCCAAGAAAAUCGGCCGCCGAAGACGCUAAUAAUAUUUCUGAUGUUCCUACAAGACUUUUUGGUAUUGUUAAGGGGCAGCAUGAACCUAUGGAUGUGGAUUCCUUGAAGAGGGAGCUGCUCGACACUUAUAAAUGUUAUCUAUUGGAUUGUGGGUCAGAAGUCUUUGUGUGGAUUGGAAGAAAUACUUCUCUUGAUGAGCGCAAAAGUGCAAGUGGAGCUGGAGAGGAAUUACUUCGUACCGUUCCUCGGCCGAAAACUCAUAUAAUUCGUGUAAUGGAGGGAUUUGAGACAGUUAUGUUCAGAUCAAAAUUUGAUUCUUGGCCUCAGUCAACAGAUGUAACAGUAUCUGAGGAUGGUAGAAGCAAGGUUGCUGCACUUCUGAAACGCCAAGGGCUGAAUGUGAAAGGCCUGCAGAAAGCUACUCCCACUAAAGAAGAGCCUCAACCUUAUAUCGACUGCACAGGAAACUUACAGGUGUGGCAUGUGGAUGGUGAUGCGAAGACUCCUCUUUCAGAUUCCAACAUAUCAAAAUUUUACAGUGGAGACUGCUAUAUCUUUCAGUACACAUAUCCUGGGGACUCUGGUGAGGAAUACAUCAUAGGGACAUGGUUUGGAAAUCAAAGUGUUGAGGAAGAUAGAAAUUCAGCAACUUCACAAGCAAACAAGAUGGUUGAGUCGUUAAAGUUUUUACCUGUCCAGGCACGCAUAUGUGAAGGAAAUGAAUCUAUCCAGUUCUUUUCAAUUUUCCAGAGCUUUCUUGUUUUUAAGGGCGGUUUUAGCGAAAGAUACAAAAUGUAUAUAGCUGAGAAGGAACUUCCAGAUGUUACCUAUUCUGAGGAUGGGCUAGCUCUGUUUCGGGUGCAGGGAACUGGACCAGAAAACAUGCAAGCAAUUCAAGUUGAAGCAGUUGCUUCUUCUCUAAAUUCUUCCCAUUGUUACAUAUUGCACAAUGGAUCUUCUGUCUUUACCUGGUUUGGCAACCUUACAACCUCAGAGGACCAGGAACUUGUUGAGAGGUUGCUGGAUCUGAUAAAGCCAAAUAUGCAGUCCAGAUUACAGAAGGAAGGCUCAGAAUCUGAGCAAUUCUGGGAUUUGUUAGGGGGAAAAUCUGAGUACCCCAGUCAGAAGGUCGGCAGGGAUGUUGAAAGUGAUCCUCAUUUAUUCUCGUGUUCCUUCUCAAAUGAUUUGAAGGUGAAAGAGAUUUACAACUUUGACCAGGAUGAUUUGAUGACUGAAGAUAUCUUCAUCCUGGAUUGUCACUCUGAUAUUUUUGUCUGGGUGGGGCAACAGGUCAACUCCAAAUAUAAAAAGGAUGCUCUAACUAUCGGAGAGAAAUUUCUUGAACAUGACUUUCUCUUAGAAAAAUUAUCUGGUCAAGCACCAAUUUAUAUCGUAACGGAGGGGAGUGAACCAACAUUCUUUACGCGUUUCUUUACAUGGGACUCCACAAAAUCUGCAAUGCAUGGAAGCUCCUUCCAGAGAAAACUUGCUAUAAUAAAAAACGGAGGGACUCCAGUUAUGGAUAAACCGAAGAGGAGAACACCUGUAUCAUAUGGAGGAAGAUCUGCUGCUUUGCCAGAAAAAUCACAACGUUCCAGAAGUGUGACAUUCAGCCCUGAGCGAGUCCGUGUACGGGGCAGAUCUCCUGCCUUCAAUGCACUAGCCGCUGCUUUUGAGAAUCCUAAUGCGAGGAAUCUGUCGACUCCUCCGCCAGUUGUAAAGAAGCUUUACCCGAAAUCUGGAAGCCCUGAUUCGGCAAAAUCGACUCCUAGAUCAUCAGCUAUAACAGCAUUAACGUCAAGUUUUGAUAAACCAGCACGAGAAACAUUGAUUCCCCGCUCAGUUAAAGUGAGCCCUCAGGCAACAAUCCCAAAACCAGAUACAGAAAGCAAGGAAAAUGUGAUGAGUAGCAGAAUAGAAUCCCUAACAAUACAGGAGGAUGUGAAGGAAGGUGAGGCUGAUGAUGAGGAAGGUGUCACAACUUACCCUUACGACCGUCUCACUAUAUCAUCAGCGGAUCCUGUAAAAGACAUUGAUGUGACCAAAAGGGAGACUUAUCUCACGUCACAGGAGUUCAGAGAGAAGUUUGGAAUGACGAAGUCUAGCUUUUAUAAGUUGCCAAAAUGGAAACAGAAUAAGUUAAAAAUGGCGCUUCAACUAUUCUAAAUUUUGUACUGCAUCUGGUUGUGUCUAGCUUCUUACAGCUUAGAUUGUGAAUCUGGAAAUCAUUUUUGAAACAGGGGGACUUGUUUCCCGUAAGGGACAUCGUCAGUGCAUUUUUAGCUGCUUCUGCUCCCUAGAAGCCUUUUUACAUGAAAAUUGGAUAUGGCUCCAGUUUUUUCUUUAAAUUUAUUUAUCAUAUUGUUGGUCUGAUUCUUCUCACAUAUAUUCACAUUUUUCUUUCAAGUAGUUGCAUUGAUGGUAUAUUCUUUGCGGUCUCCCAGUGUGCCGGAGCUUAAUUUUUGCAUUUGUGCUCCCCUAUUUUCUUUAUUUUUUAGUCAUUGGUUUGGAAAGGGUGCUAGAGUUUGCAGAAAUUAUUUUUGUAGAAUUGUAGAGUGAGGAUGAAGGCGUGUAUACCAUUGUAAAUCCAUAUAAUUAUUACUCAUUUUUUUGGGUAUUGUAAAGUGUGAUUUGUUUAUUUAAAUAUUUUAUAGCUGUCA